AUGGAAAAUCCAGGAGUUUCGAACGUCAUGAACUUGUUUGCAAGUCUAAUUUUUGAUAAGAAUGAAAAUUCUUUGGUUACAGUGUCUCCAUUUUCUAGUAGCAUUCUGAAGCUUAACAGUGAAAACUUCUUGGUGUGGAAGUCACAAAUUCUUCCUAUAUUACGAGGUCACAAGCUUGAUAAGUUUGUACUGACUGAUGAGCCAGAGUUCAUGCAAGUAUUUGUGUUUAGUGAUGCAAAGGUUAAUGAUCACAGUUUGUCUAGGUUUUCUGUUGAGCAGCAAGUUUGGAUUUUGCAAGAUCAGCUAUUGCUAGGCUGGUUAACUGCUGCAAUCAAAGUUGAAGAGCUUGCAAAUCUAACAACCAAGAAAGGCUCAAUGAAAAUUCUAGAUUAUUGCAAAAAGAUGAAGAAAAUUGCUGACAAGAUGUGUUCUGGUGGUUUUUUAGUCUCUGAAAAAGAAUUAGUCAUGUGCAUCUUGAAUGGCUUAGGGCCUAAAUUUGAAACAGUUCGUGUAAACUACACUAGUAGACCUCCUUUACCUAGCCUUCAAGAGUUGACUUUAGGCUCUAGUAAUACUCUACCAUCAUCAUCUACUACUUUGAAUACUUCUAAUCAUGCUAACUCAUCCAUUCAUAAAGACUAUAGUACCGGAAAGUCUGGUUUGUAUGAAAGAAGGAGUUUUGAAGAUUUUCGUGGUAGAGGUUACUAUGGAAGAGGUAGAGAUGUUAAGUUUAUUGGAAGUGGAUAUUCAGGACAAGCUUCUGCUAAUGUUGUCACCACACCAGUUUUGGUUGGAGAUCCAAAUUGGUAUUUGGAUAGUGGUGCAACAAAUCAUGUUGUUGCAGAUGGUGGUAAUCUUAUGCACCAGUUUGAUUACAGUGGCAACAACAAGCUUUUAGUUGGUAAUAGUCAAAGUCACUGA